GUGUCAAGAAGGAGGAGGAGAGUUUGAGGGAAACAACUUAAGUCGGUGAGAACAGAGUGAGCACACAUUUAGAGCAGAUAGAGGGGAACGAGGAGGAAGAGAGACGUGAGACUUAGACUAUCAAUCACCGACAAACAGACAUGAUGCCACCGUGUAGGAACCUGACUGCACUUCUCCUUUUUCUGUGUGCCUCUCCGGCCCUCCACAUCCACCUUUUCACUAAUGCUGCCUCUACAUCCCCUCCCGUCACUCGUUCUCGUAUCAAAUACACGGACUUUGGUCCAGAUGACUAUGAUGAGGAUAUCUCUUCUCCUGAUGUAGUGUCCCAAAGCAGGACCACUGUUCUCCAACACAAACCUCAGCAGCCCUGCAAGUACGACGCCUGCUCAGAGAAACAGGAGCCAUGUGAAAUCCUUGCAGAACGAAAUGGUUGCCUCUGUCCUGGGAUCAGUAGGGCAGAUGAGCCUCCUCAUGCACCUCGCAUCCAUGCGCUAAAGCCAGUCAGUGCAGGGGCUGACAGGGGGAAGAUAGAGAUCCAGUGGUGCGCUCCAUCUUCUGUGGUGUCACGGUAUAGGGUGGUGAUUGAGGGAAGUGAAGGAGACAGCAUGGAGUUUAAGGAUGUUUCACGAAGAGGAGUGAUAAGAUCUGUGGAGGUUGGGACUAAGGUUUGUGUGGAGGCAGUGAACAAGGCAGGGAGCAGCAGUCCCUCUGAGUUCUCCUGUAUGCGGUUUGACCAUUCUGAAUCAUCUGACCGUAAACUUUUGGCCGGGGUCAUUGGAGGAGGAGUCGCCCUCCUUUUAAUUCUCAUCAUAGCAGCUGUGAUCCUUUGGAAGUAUAAAAUGCAUAAAAAGGCAAAGGGUGACUCUACUGAUGGACUGGGUAACCCUUCUUAUAGCACAGAGGGAACUCUGUGAUCCAGACUUCAGCACAGACAAUCCAUCCCAGUCAAACUGAAAAGGCCCUUUUAGACCGGAUCUAAAGGGGCCUUAAAGCAAAGAGGACGAUGCUGGGGCUGGUUUUAUGUUGAAUUAAGAAAAAAAAAAUUGUUCACACUCUUGAGUCUAGGUACAUUUAAUGGGAUCAAUAUGAGUGGGAUUCAUUGAAUAACACAAACAGAUGGGUCAUUCUUUACACUAAUGGUACGCACUACAGGUUAAUUUGCUGGCAAAUGAACCCUUGUAGAUUUAAUAUAGUGUUUGUUUUAUUUUACAGUGGCUGUAUAUGAUUUAAUUGUAUUAAUUUUGACUAUUUUCAUACUGACUUGAACUUUUUAAAUAAACUAAAACUUAUUUUA